GUUUUUUGUUGCCAUUUGUUGCUAAAAAAAUCAAAAUGGGAGAAUGUCUAUUAGUUGUCAUGUAGUUGUUUUAAAAAUAGUUUUGCUAAAAAAACAUGUUUUAAAAUCACAAUGGCGCAAGUUUUUAUAACAAAAUUAACGUGUUUUAAUUGCUAAAUGCUAAUAUUAAGUGGAUAACGUGAAAUGUCCUCAGAAUCGAUUGAAUGCGCCAUCCAUAUUGAUAACGUGGACGUAGUCGAAGGAAAAGAGAAUGGAUCGAAAUCAGUUUUAUCGUGCGAUUCCGGUGUCGAGACCCUCGACUCGACUUCCGUUGCAGAUCCUAUUCCGUCUGACUCCGAUAUUUCGCCCGAAAAGGUAGACAAAUCCAUGGAAUUAAACAUAGCAAUUGGUGCUCUAGAAAGUGGCUCUGAAUUAUCUUCUCCAACUUCACUAUCUUCAGAUAAAGGUUUUUUGAAUUUCGAAGACAAAGGCGGUGCAAUAGAAAAUGUAACAUACUUUACUAAUACAGAUUUAAUAAAUGAUAUAAAUACAGAAUCAGCUUGCAACAAUUCAAGUCCUAUAGAAGUUGUAAGGAAAUCUCUCUAUAUGAAUAAUGAUAAAGCCUUAGCAACAUCAACUGUUAGCCUUAACGAGCAUAAUGCUAUCGAAAAUAACUUUGAUACCUCAAUCAGUCGGAGUGCAGAGAAUAUAUCUAUUUUCCCAGAAUCAGUAGCAAAUGAUAAUGAUUCCACAACCUCUAGUACCAAAGACCUUGAUAAAGAUCAAAUAUUAUCAGACUUUUCGUCCCAGAAAAGUAAAGUUAGUGCCACACAAAAAAUUGUACCUGAAAAUCCCCAAACACUAGAUGUCCGAUAUGCAAGGUUACCUAAAGACCUCCUCGCACCAGAUCUAGGAAGCAUAGUGAAAAACGUUCACGGAAUAUUCUCAUCUGUUAGUGGAAGUUUAAAGAAUGCAUACAAUAAUAGUCACAGAGUCUCACAGAAACCACAGAUAAAAAAUGUUAAAACUAUAGCCAAUGGAAAGAUCAUGAGUGAUAUUUUCGAAGAUGCAUCUGAUGAAAAAUUAAAUGAUGUACAUGAUAAAACACCUGUUGAUUCGAAUACAAAUAGUACAUACAGUAACAGUAUGGAAUCGGUCUCAAAAGUUGGUAACGAAGAAGAAAAUGAUCCAAAGAAUGAAAUGUUGCGGUUGCAAAUUGAAUCGUUGGAACGGGUGUUGUUUGAGCAACGGAAGGAGAAUGCAUCGUUAAGGGAGAGGGUCAAACAGCAGAUGGAUGAACUGCAGGCUAAAGAUCAGACGUUUAAGGAAUUGGAAGCUAAAGUUGAUUUGAUGUGCAAGCGUGCAGAGCAAGCCCAGAAAGAGAAAGAUGCGGCAGUGAUGCGGUAUGCCAGUGUGGAGUGUGCAGCUAUUGAGGCUAAGAAGGCUGCAGAAACUGCUGCCAAGGCUGAACGUGCUGCCAUCACAGAGAAAGAACUGCUCAAUGCCAAGCUGAAGACUGCCAGGGAUGAGAAACAGAGGAUCUGUCAGCUCUAUGAUGAUAAGUGCCAUGAACUGCAGAAUACGGAGCGCGAGGUGGCGAAGGUGCGCGAAGAUUUGCGGGAGCUGGAGGGAAGGCUUAAAUGGACACAGAGCAAGCUGCGCAUGGAGAUGGAUGCUUCCAAGGAAAGCACAGAACGCGCGGAGAAGUUAGCACAGCAGUUAACUGAAUUGGAAGCUGCGAAAGAGGCGGCCAUUACCAACUCCACUGAAACUGUUCGCGCGAAGCAGUUAGAAACUGAACUGAAAGAAAGCCAGGCUGCCCUUAUAAUGUGUAGACAUGAGAGAGAGGAGUUGGAGCGAAGACUGAGCACCACUAUACAACAGUUAGAUAUAUGUAGGAAGGAACGAGACGACUCCACUGCAGCGCUUGCUGAGGCCAACCAACAGGUGGAAUGCUUAAAGGAAAGCAACGUUCGUCUGGAAGAGGAGGCUGCCGAACUGGCGGCUUUGAGAGCUCAAGCGGCCCUCGCUGACACUCUGAGUGCGCAGUUACAGAGGGAGACAGAGCGCGCAUGCCUCGCGGAACAGGCUUUAAGUGCGGAGCGUGCUCGCGCAGAGACGUGCUCCAGAAGAGAAGCGGGUGCUCUGGAGCACGCGGCACGUCUGACCGCGCAGCACGUGGCGUCCAGAGCUUGCGCUAGUGAGCACGAGGCUAAGGCUCAAGCACUCGCAGCGGACAACGCUUCUCUUCGUGAGAAAAUAGAAGCGUUGGAGAACGAAGCGGAGAGAUUGAAGGCAGCGUUAGCAGAGGAAACGGAGAAACGGUUUAAGGAGAACAGGGUGCUGGCAAGGAAGGUGGCAGAACUAACUGAAGACGCAGCUGAGGCUAACAAGAAGCUCGAGUGGGAGACGGGUGAAAACAGCGUGUUGAAGAAGAAACACGCCAGUGCCAUUAAGGAACUAAAUCGCGAACUCCAACGCGCUUUAAAACGCAUCGAGCAAUUGGAGUCCAAACUACUUCAGAACGACAGCACGUCCACUAGAACUGGUUCAGUGUCAUCCCUCAGCAGUAGCGAAACGCCUCCCAACGACGAGAGGAUGCAAAACGGACACGCUGAGGGGCUACCAGAUGUACAGGGAAAAACUCAAAGUCCAAUGAUAAAGCAAUCGAAUAUUCUUGACAAAUUGUUUCCGAAGACGCGCGAACCUGACCGUCAAGCGUUAGUAGAACGUAUAGUCUCCUUACAACGAGCGGCCGCCGCGCGCGCCGAGCGAUGCGAGUUCUUACAAGAGCACUGCGCUCAGCUGACAAGGGAGCUGCGAGGCAAGAAUCGUCUGCUGAGAGCCUUGUUGCCGUCACUGCCCCCCGCCGCGCUCGCGUCCGCUAACGCCGACGAGCACAAGCCGAGAAGAAAAUUUACAAAGAAAGAGAUAGCGCGCUUGGGAGGCGGUGCGAUGGCUGCGGUGUGGGGCGGAGACCCGGCGGGCAUGACAUUAGAAUUAUCACUAGAAAUGAACAAACGACUGCAGGCAGUGUUGGAAGACACGCUGCUUAAGAAUAUUACGCUUAAGGAAAACAUGGAUACUUUAGGGGAAGAGAUAUCCAGGCUGCGAGAGCAAAUGAAAACCGAUGACAAGAAAUAACUUUAUUUUUACUUAUUAAUAAUGUGGAUGUAAAUAUAUUUAUUGAGAGGUCAAUCCGUUGCCAGUGGUCUAUUAUAGUCCUAGUUAAAAUUUAAAAGAGAAAUAUCAUGCUUUAUUGUACACCAUCAUAAAAAUAAAACAUCACGCAACAAAAAUAGUAAGUAGUACAAUUUGGCGGCCUUAUCGCUUUGAAGCGAUCUCUGCCUGCUUAAAAUUUCGUUUCUCAAAACUAGUUUUGAACAGUUAAAACUAGUUUUGACCAGUUAAAAGUUGAAUAUUACAUGGCCAAUCUUAUUAAUUUGACUGAUUUUCAUUUGUGAUGUUUUAUUGAUGGUUUCGGAGAAGUGAAGAUUUUUGUGACAUGAAGUUAAUAUAACGCUAUCUCUGUUACGUAAUCCCAUACAAAAACAGAGAGCGCGCUGUACUAACCUCAUUCCACGGAUAAGUUAGUAUAGCGCGCUCUCUGUUACGCAAUGCUAAAUAGAGAGAGAACGCUAUACUAGCUUCAUUCCACGGAUAAGUUAGUAUAGCGCUCUCUCUGUUACGCAAAGUUAAAUAGAGAGAGAGAGCGCUAUACUAGCUUCAUUCCA